AUGCUUCUUGUCCUAACUUUGUCGCUGUCGUUCGCUGGUACUGUAAUAUCCACGCUAAGUGUGACCGAGCUGAAAAAUUUAUGCCCCAAAGAAAAAGCGAUUUGUGCAGGAAAAGUGGCUAAGGGUGAUUGCUUUGGCUCAUCGUUAAGAGCUGGUGUCCUACAGAAAGAGUGCAAAUGUUCAUGUGAUGCAGUACAUCAUGAUCGGAUUCAGAAAUGCUGUCUGGCUGUGGGUGAACAUGAAAUGAAGUUUUGUCUCCCGCUUUGCAGAUACAAUACCACUUCGGAAGAGCUUGGAUCCACACUCGGUCUCAAAUGCCUCUCACAGCUCACCACAUGGGCUUAUUGCGCAGCGGAUGCCACCGACCAGACUACAUGUUGCUCGAGUAGAGGUGUUACGAGCGAAUGUUUGUCGUUCUGCAAAGGAGACGUUCCAACAUGUGACACUCAGUCAAUUCUCAACUAUCAGCCGUGCACUCAGCAUAUGGCCGCUAUCGUACAGUGUCAAAAAGAAGGAUUGGGACCAACUCCAAAAUACGAUCCGGACUGGUCGUCUGUUUGUGAUUGGGAAGGGAAAUAA